GCCAGCUAUCUAGCCCCAAUCUCUCCGCUUACUGGUUUCUAAAAUAUAUUCCCAGCACUGAUGGGGUUUGUUUGAUGCCUCAGGAGUGGUAAAUGUAAACUGAAGCCAAAGAUUCCAUGAACUAUAUGAUUUUUUUUUCUUGUGUGCUUAAUAGGAAAUGGCAAAAGCAGUGAGGCAAGUCAUUUGUGUGGCUUAAUAUCCUAUACUGUUCCACACAGGGCAGUGGGAUUGCUUUCACCAGUAUGAGUAGCUAGUAACUAGACUGCAGUGCUGAAGGGGGGAAAAAAGGGAUAUAUAUUUUUUUAUUUUUUUAUUUUACACAGACACCAUUUUUGCUGUGUUUUGAUUCAGCCCAGAUGAGUUCCUAUUUUGUGAAUCCGUACUCCAAGUACAAAGCAGGAGAUGCCAUAAAUCCAAGUUACUACGACUGUCAUUUUGGCCAAGAUGUGAGCAGCAGACAUGCUCUUGUCUAUAGUAACAACAACCCAAGUCUCCAACACCCAGCUCAGGAGUUUUACCAUCCUGGGAAUCCAUCAGCCCUCCCGAGUCCUGCAGGCUACCACCAGGCUCCUUGUGGGAUUACGUGUCAUGGUGACCCCACUAAAUUUUACGGAUACGAUAACUUACAGAGACAGCAGAUUUUUACGACACAUCAAGAGGCCGAGCUGGUACAAUAUCCUGACUGUAAAUCGUCCAGUGGUGAUAUUGGCGAAGAACCAGAACCCUUAAAUCAGAACUCGUCUGCUUCUCAAAUGUUUCCCUGGAUGAGACCACAAGCUGCUCCUGGUAGAAGGAGGGGAAGACAGACAUACAGUCGUUAUCAAACUCUAGAGCUGGAAAAAGAGUUCCUGUUUAACCCUUACUUAACAAGGAAGAGAAGAAUUGAAGUAUCCCACACAUUAGGACUUACUGAAAGACAGGUUAAAAUCUGGUUUCAAAAUAGGAGAAUGAAAUGGAAAAAGGAAAACAACAAAGACAAAUUUCCAGUUUCCCCACAAGAUGGUAAAGUUGAAGUGAAGGCUGAAGAGACCAAAGAAAAUGGGGACAGGGAGCAAAACACGGCUGAUUAGCCAUGUCAUAAACUAUUUUAGUUAAAUGGUAUGGUAAACCUGCAGUUAAAUGGCAUGGGAACCCAACAGUUAAAUGGUAUGGUAAACUUACAGUUAAAUGGUAUGGUAAACCUACAGUUAAAUGGUAUGGGAUACAUACAGUUAAAUGGUAUAGGAAACCAACAGUUAAAUGGUAUAGGAAAUCAACAAUUAAAUGGUAUGGUAAACCUACAGUUAAAUGGUAUGGGGAACCAACAGUUAAAUGGUAUGGUAAACUUACAGUUAAAUGGUAUGGUAAACCUACAGUUAAAUGGUAUGGGGAACCAACAGUUAAAUGGUAUGGGAUACAUACAGUUAAAUUGUAUGGGAACCCUACAGUUAAAUCACCACGUCUAAAACAAUAAAAAAAAAUCCACAAAAAACACCAAGAGUUUAAACUACCUAAUUUUUAAUUCCCUGUAUUUUAUAGAUUAUUAGCACAACGAAAAUAAACCAUAAUGCUGUUUUGUGCAAUUGAAGAAUAUUUAUGAAAGCAAUAAAUACCUUAACUACAAACUUCCUAUCAGUGAUUUAUGUCAUUUCGAAGCGUACAUAUUUGAAUAAUCAGAAUCACAUGCACUUGAUUUUUUAAAAUUAGGAUUUCCCUAUAUAAAUUAUUGUAAAUAUGUAUUGCUAACUUGUCACGACAUAUAAUUUGCCUAUAAAAAUUAUCACAAUUUGUGGUGCUGUAUAUUUAUGCAACAUUAUUUUUGUUUGAUUUAUAUUGUAUUUCAAUUAUUAAAAAAUAUAAUUAAAAGGACAUGGAAUAUUUAAUA